AUGGUUUUGAAGGAUAUUGAAGAACUCACCCCAAAAAAGAGAGUCAACCCGGAGUGUAUUAAAGAAGCUCUCCAGGAUACAAUGGCCUCCGUUGCCCAUGAGGUGAGAUGUGUUUUGGACAGAAUGAUCUCCUUUCAUUCACGAAAACUACAUCAGUUGGACCUUCCAGAUCACUUCAUCAUUGUGAAGGAACUUGGAGAAGGAGGCUUUGGAAAAGUCUACCUGGCAAGUGACAGAAAAACAGGUCGAAGAAUGGCUUUGAAAGUCAUGGAUAAAAGUAAAACCAGCCGGGAGUCUUUCCUCCGAGAGUUUAGCAUUUCAUUCCUACUUUCUUCUCAUCCCAACAUCAUCGGAACCUGUGAGACCAUCUUCACCACCAUCAGCUGCUACGUCUUUACCCAAGAACUGGCACCUAUUGGUGAUCUGUACUCUCUGAUUGUAUCAUGUGUGGGAAUUCCAGAAGAUGUGGCAAAGAGAUGUGCCCUUCAGAUCUCCAGUGCUCUGGAAUUCAUAGCGGUGAAAGGACUGGUACACAUGGAUGUGAAGCCAGACAACGUUUUAGUGUUUGAUAAGGAGUGCCAUUCCAUUAAGCUCACAGACUUUGGCCUUGCUAAGGUCACGGGGACAGUGAUUAGAUUCAAGUGUGGCAGCAAACCCUACAGACCUCGAGAUAUGUAUGACAUUUCCCCUCUAAAUGGACUGGUUGUAGAUGGCAGUCUUGAUGUGUGGGCGUUUGGUGUCACCAUCUACGUUCUGCUCACGGGGGAGUUUCCAUGGCAGGACACCCUCCCUGACGAUGCCGAUUUUAAAAGUUUUGUUGUCUGGCAGAAGAAUUUUGAGGUGGAUAAUCCUCCCGAAGCAUGGAGAGAAAUUCCCACUGGGAUACGAAGGAUGUUCAUUGAUCUGUUGGCCAUUGACUCUACUAAAAGAAGUCCGAGUACGGAAGUCCUAAAUUACAUGGGUGAAACCUGGAAAGUAAAAAAAACAGUAAGGGAUGAGGAAUCGGAUCCCAUGGAAAGCAGUUCUUCCAAACCUUCUGAUGAAUCCUUGUGUGAAACUUCCUAUCUGAACAGUUCAAGGAGCGACAUUUCCAUCACAUCAUCUCUGAGCUCCACGUCUUCUUUUUUGAUUAUAGACACGUCUGCAUCUCAGUCGGAGAUGACUUCAGAGCCACAGAAGGAGAACACGGAAGAAGCACUGAUCAUAUAUGAUGAGGAGUUCUCUCUACAUGUUGGUGCAGAGGUAGAUAUCGAGUGA